CAUUCACUGUGCAAUUCCUUAAGCUCCUCCCUCAGCGACAUGACACACCAUGCUCAAUCGAGAGUGGCAUCGAAUAUCCUACAUCCUAUCCCCUAUGACUUCCCGAGUUUCUGCGGUAAGCCCGUGCGAUUGGCAGGUCUUGCACGCUUCUGGUAUUGUACGACAAUGUUAUUGUCGCGAGGCUGGCGCCUAGCUGAGAGCGCCAGCCUCAACCCAACAUGAAGGCUUCACCCUUCGCAUCUAUGCCAACUCGACAACCCAACUACUACCGAGAACUCUCCUCCUUACGAUCAUCGAACCUAGUCGAAUAUGCGUCUGCUACAGUACAACAACGAUGGCGAUUUCAACUUGAUCGAGUUCAAUGAGAGCCAUAUACCUGAGUAUGCUAUACUCUCGCACACAUGGGAACAGGAUAAUAGCAAGGAAGUCACAUAUGCGGAAGUGAUAAGCGGGACUGGCCAGAACAAGGAUGGUUUUAAGAAGAUUAGGUUCUGUGGAGAACAAGCUAGACAAGAUGGUCUAUCAUACUUUUGGGUGGAUACUUGCUGUAUUAACAAGCAAAACAAGGCUGAGCUUUGGCACUCCAUCAACUCUAUGUUCCGUUGGUAUCGCAAUACAAGUCGAUGUUAUGUCUAUUUGUCGGAUGUUUCGACAAGGAAGCGAAAAGUAAGUGAUCAGCCGUCAGAGCAUACUUGGGACUUGAGCUUUCGGGAGAGUAGAUGGUUUACUCGAGGCUGGACACUCCAAGAGCUCCUUGCCCUAGCUUCGUUUCACAUCGAUGAGCGAAUGCAGUGGAUUGUGUAUCGAGAAACGGGUAAAGAGGAGGAUAAAGCGUACUCAUUGCUAGGCAUCUUCGGUGUCUCUAUGGUCCCCGCCUAUGGUGAAGGAGUCGCGAAAGCAUUCGAUCGGCUAUGGAAUAGAUUUCGCGAAACACAGAAAUGUAUGCAAGACUUACGGCCUACCGAUCCCCGUCUAGAUAAGCAACGUAUUGAGGCCACCAAAGGAGGCUUACUACAGGAGGCUUACCGAUGGGUGAUAGAAACCUCCGACUUUCAACAAUGGCGUACCAAUCAACACUAUCGGUUACUGUGGAUCAAGGGCGACCCUGGAAAGGGCAAGACAAUGUUGCUUUGUGGUAUUACCGAUGAACUACAGAAUUCGUUGGCUAAGUCUGCACUUCUAUCGUACUUCUUUUGCCAGGCCACAGAUUCCCGGAUCAACCGUGCCAUAGCUGUACUACGAGCGAGUUACGAUGGAGCUGGCAAGGCGCUCUUUGAAGAUGCGAAUGCCUGGGUUGCUUUAACCAAGGUUUUCUCUAGCAUUCUACACGAUCCGAAUCUAGUUGCGACUUAUUUGAUUGUCGAUGCCCUCGAUGAAUGCGUAGUCGACUUGCCAAAUUUAUUGUGUUUUAUCGCGCAGACUUCGUCUGUGUCCUCUUGUGUCAAAUGGGUAGUCUCUAGCCGCAACUGGCCAGAAAUUGAGAAGACGCUCGACACCGUAAUGCAGAAGCAAAGGUUAUGUCUUGAGCUAAAUGCAGAUUCCGUUUCCACUGUAGUUGCGACUUUCAUUCAAACUAAAGUUCACGAUCUAAGAGAGAAGAACAAAUAUACGAGCGAGACACGAGAUAUUAUCCAGCAACAUCUUUCGCUAAACGCACAUGGUACUUUUCUCUGGGUGGCGUUACGGAUACUAGAUCAAAUCAAGGCAUUAGAGGAUUCUAAGCUGUGUAUGAAUGUUCUGGCUGUCGUAUCGACUGUGUAUCGGCCCAUCACAAUUAACGAGCUAGUGACUUUGGUGAAGAUGCCUAAUGGAGUUAAUGGCCAAUAUAAAGCUCUAGCAAAGAUUAUAGGUUACUACAGAUCUUUUCUCGCAAUCCGAGAGCGUACGAUUUUUUUCACACCUCAAGAACCGCUUCUCCGUAGAGCACAAGACGUGCAUAACACUAUCUUCUCUCGAUCACUGCAAGUCAUGUCUAUAACACUACGGCGUGAUAUCUAUAAUCUAAGUGCUCCCGGGAUCUCUAUCGACCAAGUAGAGCCGCCUGAUCCUGAUCCUCUUGCUGCUAUAAGGUACUCUUGUCUUUACUGGGUCGAUUAUUUACUCGGAAGUCGAAUUAUAAAAGAUUCAACUAAGAACCUCGAGGCUAGUAGCUCGGUCUACAGAUUCCUCCACCAGUACUUCUUGUAUUGGCUUAAGGCGCUAAGCCUAUUGAAAAGCGUGUCAGAAGGCUUUGAUAAAAGUCCUGAUUUACGUGCGUUUAUACAAGAUGCAACGCGGUUUGCCAUAUCCACCCGAUCAGUUAUUGAACAGGCGCCUCUUCAAGUAUAUUGUUCGACUCUUGUGUUUGCUCCAGAGAAGAGUAUUAUUCGAGAAACGUUCGAGACAUAUGUUCCGCAUUGGAUCCUGAGAAAGCCUAGGGUAGAAGCACAUUGGAGUGCGACGCUUCAAACACUCGAGGGCCAUUCUGACGGGGUCUGGUCAGUGGCCUUCUCUCCCGACGGCAAGCAGGUCGUGUCGGGGUCUCACGACCAGACAGUGCGGCUCUGGGACGCUACGACAGGCGCCUUGCAACAGACACUCGAGGGCCAUUCUGACGGGGUCAUGUCAGUGGCCUUCUCUCCCGACGGCAAGCAGGUCGUGUCGGGGUCUGUCGACGAGACAGUGCGGCUCUGGGACGCUACGACAGGCGCCUUGCAACAGACGCUCGAGGGCCAUUCUAGCGAGGUCAGGUCAGUGGCCUUCUCUCCCGACGGCAAGCAGGUCGUGUCGGGGUCUGGCGACAAGACAGUGCGGCUCUGGGACGCUACGACAGGCGCCUUGCAACAGACGCUCGAGGGCCAUUCUAACGAGGUCAGGUCAGUGGCCUUCUCUCCCGACGGCAAGCAGGUCGUGUCGGGGUCUCGCGACAAGACAGUGCGGCUCUGGGACGCUACGACAGGCGCCUUGCAACAGACGCUCGAGGGCCAUUCUGACGAGGUCAUAUCAGUGGCCUUCUCUCCCGACGGCAAGCAGGUCGUGUCGGGGUCUCGCGACAAGACAACGCUCGAGGGCCAUUCUAGCUGGGUCAGGUCAGUGGCCUUCUCUCCCGACGGCAAACACAUUCCGACUUUACAUGUAUCUGGUGAAUGGCUAGUAGAAGGUACUGCUAGGUAUCUCUGGCUACCUACUAAUUAUCGACCUACUUGUGAAGCUGUAUGGGGCAGGAUUGUGGUUUUAGGGCAUUCGUCAGGGAGAUUAUCAUUUCUUCAGAUUCAAGAAGGGCUACACCUACUGAUAUGA